UCGAGUUCCGUCUAGCGGUUAGCAGGUAGGUUGAGGUCCAGUUUGCCUCUGUAGGAAGGAGGAAAACAGCUUGGCUGCCUUUUAUAUCCAAACUUACAGCACAGAGCAGAGGUGAAGGCUGCAGAGACCAUGGAGUCCAAAAGGAGGCGCCCUCAGCACCAUGCCAAUGGAAAGGGGUCUGAAGCUGUGGAGAGGUCAGCACAGUGGGGAAGAGCAUGGGAGGUGGACUGGUUUUCCCUGAUCGGUGUCGUCAGCCUCCUUUGCUUCGCUCCCUUCAUCGUCUUUUACUUUGUGAUGGCCUGUGAUCAGUACGAGUGCUCCAUCAGCCAGCCUCUGUUAGAGCUGUGCCAAGGAAAGGCAACCUUGCUGUCCAUCUGGGCCCGGGCCCCCUCCUUCACAUGGACUGCUGCUAAGAUAUACGCCAUCUGGGUUAGCUUUCAGAUGUUCCUCUACAUGUGUAUUCCUGAUGUCACCCAUAAGUUUAUUCCGGGCUACGUGGGUGGAGUGCAGGAUGGAGCUCGUACCCCUGCUGGUUUUAUUAACAAAUAUGAGAUCAACGGGCUGCAGUGUUGGAUCAUCACUCAUGCUCUGUGGUUUGCAAAUGCCAAUUAUUUCCACUGGUUUUCUCCUACCAUUAUAUUUGACAACUGGAUCCCCUUGUUGUGGUGUACCAAUAUCCUGGGCUAUGCUGUGUCUAUCUUUGCCUUUGUAAAGGCCUACCUGUUCCCCACCAAUGCUGAGGACUGUAAGUUUACAGGGAACAUAUUUUAUAACUACAUGAUGGGGAUAGAGUUCAACCCUCGCAUCGGCAAGUGGUUUGACUUCAAGCUGUUCUUCAAUGGCAGACCUGGCAUCGUCGCCUGGACCCUGAUUAAUCUGUCUUACAUGGCCAAGCAGCAAGAGCUGUACGGUCAUGUCACCAACUCCAUGAUUCUGGUCAACGUGCUGCAGGGGAUUUAUGUGCUGGAUUUCUUCUGGAAUGAGGCGUGGUACCUGAAGACCAUUGAUAUCUGCCAUGACCACUUUGGAUGGUAUCUAGGCUGGGGGGACUGUGUGUGGCUGCCGUACCUCUACACACUGCAGGGCCUGUACCUGGUGUACCAUCCAGUCCAGCUAUCAGAUGCUCACGCCCUCGCCGUACUGUUGCUCGGGCUUGUUGGGUAUUACAUUUUCCGCUCCACCAACCAUCAGAAAGAUCUGUUCCGCCGCACGGGGGGCGCCUGCUCCAUCUGGAGGCGUAAGCCCACCUACAUCGAGUGCUCGUACCUGUCCGCCGACGGCCGCAGCCACCGCAGCAAGCUUCUGACCUCGGGGUUCUGGGGAGUGGCGCGCCACUUCAAUUACACUGGUGACCUGAUGGGCUCCUUGGCUUACUGUGCCGCCUGUGGCUUUGUCCACAUUCUCCCAUACUUCUACAUUGUUUACAUGACCAUCCUGCUGGUCCACCGCUGUGUGCGAGACGAACACCGCUGCAGCAGCAAGUACGGGAAAGACUGGAGACGCUACACCGACACAGUACCUUACAGGCUGAUUCCUGGACUGUUUUAAAGAGAUGCAGAGGAAGAGUUGGAAAAGCUGCUGAAAUGAUGAAUGCUUGCUUAAACAAGAUAAGCUUUUCUCCUCCCACUGAACAUUCUCCCCCGAACUUCAGACUCUGCACUGCAAACUCAUCCCUAUAACCGUCUGCCAAAUGAAGACGGUUUGAUAGUUUUUGGUUUCCAUGAAGCAACAGUGUGCCAUCAUGCAGGACAUUUGAUAAAAAGAUGUAUUUUUUUAAAAAACAGCCUCAGCAAUCAUCAGAAACAAAGUUGCUCGUGUAAAACACUGAACACCAUGUGCUUCAAAGUGAGGGGGACGGCCCCUGGGAAGGAAAGGGGCCAAUAUAAUUGCAGUUUACUCAUUUGUAUUUGUGAACAAACAGAGCUCAGUCUCAAAGACUAAACUCAGAGCAUCAGAUUGUAGCUAUGGUAACAAAGUAAUCUAACUAUGAAGAUUGUUCUUUGAAUUUUUACAAAGUAAACUUGCCAGCUCCUUAAAAUCUUCCAUUUAAAUGUUUAAAAUCUUUUCAUUUAUCUAUACUGAAACCAUUAAACCAAAUUUAACAACAUUGAUAUUCUCAGUAUCAAAAGUUAGUUAUAUAUCUGUGGUCUGUGUUAAAAUAUUAGCAUUUAUGGGGCCCUGAAUUCGCGGAGGGCCCUAUGGAGCCACCGACUUAAUUUGGAUUAAACCGAAGUGUGAAUUAUUGAUAUUCAUUUUAAUUGUAUUUUUUGUUUUGUUUUUAAGACUAGUUGUGAAUAGCUUUUAACGGGCGAUGUUUUCCCGUAACAUAUAAUGACCUAGUAAUAUUUUUACAUUUCCUGUCUACUUAACAUGUUUUAAUUCAAAAACACAGGAGGUGGACCUCCUCAGAGCCACGACCACCAGGCUUAGCAAGUUUUCUGGGGGAAACCCUGACAGUGGAUGGGUGUUUGACAAGGUGGGGGUGUAAAAUGUUCUUACAAUUAAAGGGGGAGCCAGCAGAAAAGAAGUGAGAACCACUGAGCUAUAGGAUAUCUGAGCUGAAAGGAUGCAUCUCAAUUUAUCAGCCAUUUUUUUUCAAACAUACCAGAUUCAAAUUUGUGUAAUGCUGAUCUUUUUUUUCACUUUAUCAAAAAUAUAUGGAUGCUUGUUUGUAAUAAUUAUAAUGGACUCCAGCUGUAGUGGGCUCUUACUGCUUAAAACCCCUUAAAUGUCCUGAGGACAAGAGGAUUUACAGGUUAUCUAAUGGUCCAAUUGGAUAACAUCAAAGUUUUGAGGGUAACAGUUUUCUCAACCAAAUAUCUUCUACCUUUACUGUACUCAAUGCCACUGUUAGAUCUAACUUAAUUGUUGAGUCUCAUUGAUGAGAAUCCUCCACAUUUUGUAAGUCAUAACAAUUACUGAGUUCAUGAUAACUCAAUCAACAUUCAUUCACAUUCCAGCGCCAAGGAAAUGUUUUUCUUUCAAAAAAAAGUAUGUUUCCUGUAUUUUACAAUUUAUCAAACUGACAUUGCAACCAUCCAGCAAUAAACUAAAAACAGAACUUUUAA